AUGGAUACGCGUAUAAAGAAUGAUAGAAAACUGAAAGACCUAGACGCCAUAAAAGCAAGGAAAAAGAACGCCACGGUACUUCUAGAACAUACAAGGCUUUGCCCGUUUAGAUGGAUGAAGAAUUUAUACAUAUGUUUCUACUGUGACCAACAAUUUAUAGAUCCAACUAUAUUGAGACACCACAUCUUUGUCGAUCAUAACUUUGUGACUUCCACUGUAAUUAAAUAUGCAAUGUCAAAGUUAAAGAGACACGAACUAGUUAAGGUUGACAUAACUGAUAUUUGCUGCAAACUAUGCGAUGAACUAACACCAGAUUUAAAUUAUCUAAAGCGGCAUUUAGCUGAUGUUCAUAAUAAAACCAUAGAUUUGAAUACCACGGAUGAAGUUCUGCCAUUUAAAGUGACGAAAGAUAGUUUUAAUUGCGCCUUGUGUGAUGAGAAAUUUGACGAGUUCAAAACGCUGAACCAUCACAUGAACGUUCACUUCCAAAACUUUAUUUGUGAGCAAUGCGGUACAGGUUUCAUAACUCCAGAACGGCUUCGUACGCAUGCGUUUUCUCACGAGAGCGGUUCCUUUCCAUGUGAAUUGUGUGAUAAGAUUUUUAAAUCUAUGAACGCUAAGAACGAACACAUUGCCAAUGUUCAUAAACAAGUUAGAAGGCAUAGAUGUCCCCAUUGUCCUGAGGCAUUUAGGAAUUAUUUUCAAAGGAACAAGCAUAUCGCAACAGUUCACGGAAUCAAGUUGAAAGAAUUUAAGUGUAAUCUGUGCUCUAAAGUUUUCACGUCGAGUGGGAAAUUGGGAGUCCAUGUUCGGACCGUUCAUUUGAAAAUGAAAAGACAUGGGUGUAGUCUAUGCGAGUGGAAGUUUUAUUCCAAGUCGGAGUUGAAGGAGCACAUGAUCAGGCACGGUGGGGAGAGAAAGUUUAACUGUAAUAUAUGCAAAAAGUCAUACGCCAGAAAGUAUACACUGCGCGAACAUAUGCGGAUACAUGAGAAUGAUCGGAGAUUCGUUUGUAGUUAUUGCGGUGGUUCGUUUGUGCAAAAGUGUAGCCUUAAUCACCACGUUAAAGUUAAUCAUCCGACAGUUAAAAUUAAUGAGUUCCAUCCUAUGUCGACAUAG